AUGUUCAAAGAUGAAGCACCUGAUGAUGAAGCAUUUGACAGUGAAGCAUUUAAUGAAAUGUUAGAAGACUUCUUUUAUGAUGAAAUGUUAAGUGAUGAUGAAAUGACAAUAAAUUCUGCAGAUAAUAUGCUAAGUGAAGAAUCUGAUAGAAUUAUUGACCAAGCACUAAAUAUUGAAGAAAUGCCAUCUAUUAGUAGAGAAUUUUCUCUAUAUUUCAAGAAUCCUACUGAAGCAUUGAUGUUUUGCUGGAUUCAAAAACACA